UCGAAUUUCUUGCCCUAUUUCACCUGUGUACUCUCCGCAAGUCAAAAACCUCACUACAGUGGAGCUCCGAUUCUCAAAUUUUCGUCACCCGACUCACCAAAUCCAUCAGAUUUUCCUGCUCUAUCCUCGGAUUUCGUCUUCAAACAACAUUCACACACAGAAGAUCUGUGAUCUGCUCCCGCUGCAAUGGCGACACACUGAUCCCUUAAUCUCUUCAAUGGCGAAUCAUCACAAAGGCAAGUUUUUUUGGCUCUAUUUGCUUUUCCUUUUUGCUUCUCCACCUGCUGUCAGGAUUUUCAUCAACUGUAGCCCAGAUUCAAUCGAACUGCCACCUAUCAAUGAAACCACGGAGGAGUCAAGUGUUUUCGACCGUCAACAAAUUCAAAUACAAAAACUUGAAGAGAUAGUAAAAAAUCUUACUGAAUUAGUGUCUAAAUUAGAAUCACGCCUUUCCGAACCUUCCAAGGUGGAUCACGAUCUCGUGGGUUCAAGCUUAGGUGCUGAAGAGAAAGAGAAGAAUGCUAAAAGAAAGUUUGGUGACAAAAAAUCGGCUAAAGAAGAUGAGGAUGAGGGAUUUGAAGGGAGGAUUAAGGAUGAGGUUCGAGACGGAGAGAAAGGGAGGGCGGUUUCUGUGACAAAGUACAGCCCGUUUUGGUCGGAGAGGUUUCAGUUUGUGUCGGCGGUGAAAUUGGAUUCGGAUGCUACUUGCAUUAACAUUUUGCCGUUCAGGGAUUAUGAGGGGCUGAGUAAGUAUGUGGUAGUGGGGGAUGAGCGGGGGAGGGUGUAUGUGUUUCUGAGGAAUGGAGAUGUGUUGGUUGAAUUUUAUACAUCGUCUGAUUCGCCUAUCACAGCCAUGUUGUCGUAUAUGUCGGUUUCUAAGAAUGAGAGUAUCGUGGUCACCGGGCAUAAGAACGGAGCAAUUUUGGUGCAUAGGGUUUGGGAGGCAUGGAAUGGGGAAGAGUGGAGUUCUCUCUCUAUGGAACAUGUUAGAACUUUUGAUUCAGAAACUGGGGAAGAUGGCUUGGAAAUUACUAUCUUGGAAGUGCAUCAUAUUGGGAGAAUGAGGUAUGUUUUGUCCACGAACAUCGGUGGUGAGAUUAGGGUUUUUAGGGAGAAUGGGUCAGUCUAUGGGUCUGCCAAGCCAAUGAGCAGGCCACUUGCAUUCUUGAAGCAAAGACUUUUGUUUUUGACUGAGAAUGGUGCUGGGUCAUUGGAUUUGAAGACAAUGAAGGUUCGGGAGUCUGAAUGUGAAGGGAUGAACCACUCUAUUGCCAAGAACUAUGUCUUUGAUGCCGCAGAGAGGUCUAAAGCAUAUGGGUUUACUUCAGAUGGUGAGCUGUUCCAUGUGUUUUUGUUGGGAGAUAUUGUGAACUUCAAAUGUAGGGCUAGAUCCAAGAGGAGGUUUGACAUGGAUGAGCCUCUUGCUUUUCAGGCAAUUAAGGGGUAUUUGCUUAUUGUUAAUGAGGAAAAGGUUUUUGUGUACAAUGUCUCGUCACAGCAUUACGCGAGGGUUGGUGGCCCCCGAUUUGUUUUCUCAACAGGUCUAGAUGAGAUUAGAUCAUCAUUUCUAAACUAUCAGGCAAUGGAAGUAGAUGGCCGGAGACGAGUGAUACCCUUAAUAGCCAGCGACCGUGAGAAGCUUGUUAUUCUUGGUCUUGGAGGGGGCUACGUUGGAAUGUAUCGCUCAAAUCUUCCUGUCUUUAAAGGCGAAUUUAAUUCUAUGCUAUGGACCAGUCCUGUAUUGUUCUUCAUUCUAUUUCUCUUUGGGGCAUGGCAAUUUUUUGCCAAGAAGAAGGAGGCACUUAUUUCAUGGGGGCCAGAUGAUCCCUUUGUUUCCACAUCAGCUAUGACUGGAGCUCCAUUGGGAACCAGCUCAGGAGAUAGAGCUUUUCCUGAUUCUUCUUCUAGGAAUGCUGAUAUUAUGGAUCUGAGAGGUGGUGGCCUCAGAGGUCCAUCAAGAAGGUAUGUCUCUCCCCCUCGAUAUCCUAGUGGAGCAGCCAGUUCCUUUAGACCAGGUUCCACUGAUCAUAACUCUAGACCGGCUUCUGUCGAUCCCAAUUUUAGAACAGCUUCAGAGCUGAAAUUUAGGGGUUCAAAUCUAGAGUCUUCUGGUUUCCAAAAGAGAAGAGAGAGUAUGUUUGUAAACAGUCCAGCUGUGGAUGACAGCAAUUGACUUCUAAAAUCAUUUGCAUGAAAGCUUGUAUGCCACGGGUUAGUUAUUCUGAAAAUUUCAUUGUUGGACCCUUAUUUGGCUCUUUAGGCUGUUUGAACUUGCAAUAGUUGUAAUUUUGUAACUUCUAGUUACAUUAAAAACAAAAAAAAGAAGGGAAAAUAAUGGCAAUUUUUUUUGGCAUUUUUGA